AUGCCAGAGACACAGAAACAAGAGCAGAUGUCAGUCCAGCCACCUGGAUUCGACCUUUCAGAAAAGCCCAUGACCAUGAAAUCGACCCAGCUUCCAGAGACUGACGGCUCAGAGAGCGCAAAUAAGUCUUUGGAAGCUGAUGGACAGGGACAGGAAGAUGAUUACAUUUCGGGUAUCAGAUUUUACAUGGUGAACACUGCCGUCACGCUUGCUGCUGCUUUGUUGUUCCUUGACACCGCUAUCAUUGCAACUGCUAUUCCACGUAUUACCGAUCAAUUCAACUCCCUUGCCGACGUAGGAUGGUACGGGGGCGCGUACCAGUUAGGUAGCGCCACUCUGUUGCCAUUAACUGGUAAAAUAUACCAUUACUUCAGCUCAAAAUGGACGUUCCUAAUUUUCUUCACACUGUUCGAGAUUGGAUCUGUUCUGUGCGGCGCUGCCACCAGUUCUGCCAUGCUGAUUGUUGGCCGCGCUAUCGCCGGCAUGGGAGGUGCCGGCAUCAUCAGUGGUGCGCUGACCAUUAUCGCCAGCUGCAUGCCGUUAAAUAAACGAGCAACGGCUACUGGAAUCAUGAUGGGGGUCAGUCAACUGGGCGUGGUCCUAGGCCCGCUCAUCGGUGGCGCUUUUACUCAGCGAACUACAUGGAGGUGGUGCUUUUACAUCAAUCUGCCGCUUGGUGGUGUCUGUAUUUUAUUUCUCCUUGGGAUUCAUAUACCCGAUCAAGUCAAAAAGCCGAAUCCGCUAGUUGUACUUAGGAAUUUACAUCAUCACCUUGACCUCAUCGGCUUCGUCCUUUUCGCAGGGUCAGUGAUUCAGCUGCUUCUAGCGGUCGAACUUGGUGGCAAUCGGUUUGCUUGGAAUUCAGCUACUAUAAUUGGGUUAUUCUGCGGCGCUGGGGCAACUUUUCUCUUGUGGUUUUCUUGGAAUUGGCGGCUGGGUGAUGAAGCCCUGAUCCCUAAAUCAAUGACCUCGAAGCGGCCAGUGUGGGCGAGUUGUUUAAUGCAGGCUCUCUCCAUGGUUACCCUCUUCGUCGUCAGCUACUUCCUGCCCACAUAUUUCCAAGCAGUGCAGAACCGUUCGCCGCUUCUAAGCGGAGUUCAAUUGCUCCCCAGCAUUAUAGGACAGCUGAUCUUCGCCGUCUUGAGUGGCAUUCUGGUCUCCAAAACUGGCUUCGUUAUUCCCUAUGCCUUUAUCGGUGCAGUGCUUGGGGCUAUAGGAUCCGGUCUCUUUACGACACUUGUCCCCGAUAGCUCCCUUGGAAAAUGGUUUGGAUAUCAAGUACUUUCUGGUGUAGGUCGUGGCAUGGUCAUGCAAAUGCCAAUUAUUGCCAUGCAAGCGAGUUUGGAGCCGAAGGAACUUUCUAUGGCUAACUCGCUUAUGAUGUUCGCACAGUCGCUUUUAACUUCUAUCUUACUCGUUGUCGGUAAUACCGUCUUGGACGAGAGCUUGCGAACAGAGAUACCAAAGUUUGCACCAAACGCCAACGUCCCAGAAAUCAUCGCAGCCGGUGCAACUGCCUUCCGCUCUGUUGUGAGCACAGAUGAACUAGCUGGGGUCAUACGUGCCUAUUCAAACAGUCUCGAUAAAGUCUUUUACAUUGGUGCAGUUUGUGCUAGCCUUGCCUGUCUGGUAACUCCAGCCAUGGGCUGGGUCGAUAUUCGUAACAAGGGUCCCAAGAGUAAGGCAGGCACAACAUCUGAGGAGUCGGCAUUGGAGUCUGAUGAGAAGGUUGCAGAUGACAAGACUGUUUAA